AUGGGCGACGUAGAAAUGGGUGACGGCACGACUGGCGAGCAGUCGAUGCCUGAAGCCCCACCUCCAGUGCCCCUUUUCCUUGCUGCCACACCUUCCACUGCCGGUACACCGGCACACCAACGACAUGCACAGCCAAGCUCUCCACUUCGUGGUGCAACCGCCCGGCGUGCAUUAGGUAUGAGCACACCGAAGAGGACGCCUCUUUUCACUGCAGGAAGCUCCUCUCCAAUGGCAUUUCCUUCUUCUUCACCUACGAAAACACCCCGAAGACGCGACCCAAUUCCCUCAGAUCAGCCCCAGCAGGACUCAGAGCCCCUCAACUUCCCCUCAAGCCCUGCCGCACACGCGACACCCAAGAACCGCCGCGGAGAUAUCCACUCCUCUCUUUCCAUCACGCCCAGCGCCUCCGUUCGCCGAUCUGCACGACGUCUCCAACAAACUCCUGGAGGUCCUACCCUCAACUCUGAUCAUGGCAUCCCACCGUCUUCAGCACCCAAUCUCUCUGUCCAAGCACCGCCAUCUGACGAACCUGACGAAAUUCGCGCCAUCUGGGGAACGACUGUCAACCUCACCGAUACAAUGAAAACCUUCAAGGACUUUCUGAAAGGAUUCAAGCCCAAAUACCGGGUCUCAUACGAUAGGGAGCAGGGUCUUAAGACACGCGCCUUUGCUUCUCCGGAAGAGGGCGAAGUUCUUUUGUACGAGGGCUACUUCAGGAGGAUGCGUCAAACGGGAGAAACGAACCUCAAUCUGGAUGUUGUCAACCUGCUUGCUUAUCCUGCUUCCAAGAAAUUGCAUGGCCAAUUUCUCAAGUACCCGCAGGAGGUUAUACCCGCAAUGGAUCAGGUUUUGAAGGAUUUAAUGCUUGACACUGCCGAGAUGGACCAGCAGGCUGGGAUGGAAGGAAUGGAGGGCAAGGAAGGUGACGAAGAAAUAUCAGAGAUUCUGGGAAGGAUCUACAAAGUUCGACCGUUUGGUGUGCCUUCGGUCAAUAUGCGUGGUCUGAACCCAUCUGACACCGACAAGCUCGUUGCCGUUAAAGGUCUUGUCAUCCGCGCCACUCCAGUCAUUCCAGACAUGAAGGUGGCGUUCUUCCGCUGCUUGACAUGUUCGCAUACCGUCCAAGUCGAGAUCGACCGUGGCAAGAUCGAAGAGCCAAAUCGAUGUCCUCGGGACGUCUGCGCCUCGGUCGGAACAAUGUCUCUCGUUCACAACCGUUGCGAGUUUGCAGACCGUCAAGUCAUCCGUCUGCAGGAAACCCCCGACGCUGUCCCUGACGGCCAGACGCCACACACCGUGUCUCUCAGUGUGUACGACGAACUCGUAGACGUAUCGAAACCCGGAGACAGGAUCUUUGUCACUGGCAUCUACCGCAGCGUGCCUGUUCGCUCCAACCCACGUCAACGAACGCUCAAAAGCUUAUUCAAGACGUAUCUUGACGUCGUCCACAUUAAGCUCGGCACAGGGGGGACCUUGGGGCUCGAUAAGAGCACACGACCUGCCGGCGGGGAUAGGAUUCCAGGCGUCGGUGGUGUCGGCGAUGGGGCCGAUGAUGAUGAAGAGCAGCGGGCAGGCCAGCAGAACCGCAGAGCCGAUCUCGAGAAGAAGUUGAAGGAAUUGAGCCAACGGCCAGACAUUUAUGAAUACCUGGCUCGCUCGCUCGCGCCGUCCAUUUGGGAGAUGGAGGACGUCAAGAAGGGCAUCCUCUUGCAGCUGUUUGGCGGCACGAACAAGAGUGUUGCCAAGGGUGGAGGAGGCGGAGGCCCAAGAUACAGAGGCGACAUCAACGUGCUACUUGUUGGUGAUCCCGGUGUGAGCAAGUCGCAGAUCCUCCAGUAUGUCCACAAGAUUGCUCCUCGCGGUGUAUAUGCGUCAGGCAAAGGCUCUUCUGCGGUUGGUCUGACGGCGUACGUUACGCGCGACCCAGAAACGAAGCAGCUCGUGUUGGAAAGUGGUGCUCUCGUACUCAGCGACGGGGGAGUCUGCUGCAUCGACGAAUUCGACAAGAUGUCAGACGCAACGCGGAGCGUUUUGCAUGAAGUUAUGGAACAACAAACCGUUUCUAUCGCUAAAGCAGGCAUUAUUACCACACUCAACGCCCGAACCUCCAUCCUCGCUGCUGCCAACCCCGUCGGUUCGAAAUACGACGUUAAUCUGCCCAUUACGAGGAACAUCGACCUGCCUCCGACGUUGAUCUCUCGAUUUGACUUACUGUAUCUUGUGCUCGAUCAAGUCGAAGAGAACACUGACCGUAGAUUGGCUCAGCACCUUGUUGGUCUCUACCUGGAAGAUGCUCCUCUGACUGAAACUCAAGAUUUCCUUCCCCUCCAAGAACUUUCCGCCUACAUCGACUAUGCACGGUCCAAAGUCCACCCAAUCAUAACCGAGGAAGCAGGCGCUGAACUCGUCCGGUCCUACGUUGAGAUGCGCAAUAUGGGCGACGACCCGCGAGCGAGCGAAAAGCGUAUCACUGCGACGACACGUCAGCUCGAGUCUCUCAUUCGUCUCUCCGAGGCGCACGCACGAAUGCGCUUUUCCGACUUCGUCGAGCUCCAGGACGUCAAGGAAGCAAGCCGGCUGAUGCGCGAGGCAAUCAGGACGAGUGCUAUGGACCCGAGGACAGGCAAGAUCGAUAUGGGCCUGCUUAAUACGGGUACGGGGGUUGGUCAAAGGAAGCUUAGAGAUGACAUGCGGAAGGAGAUCCUGGCCCUUCUUGAUGGAAAGGCGAAUACCAGGGGUAUUAAGUGGACAGAUGCCUUCAAGCUGCUAGGCGAGCAGAGCAGUGUCAGAGUCGAUGCCGUCGAGUUCACGGAAGUUAUCAAGGGUUUGGAGAAUGAGGGUCUCGUCAAGGUCGUUGGGGAAAGGGAUAAGAGGAUGAUUCGGAGAAUUGAGGGUUAG